AUGCAUCCAUUGAAAGCUCCAGGUCCAGAUGGAAUGGCGCCACUGAUUUAUCAAAAGUUUUGGCCUGAGGUUGAUGGAUUAGUCAUUGCAGUUGUUUUGACAGCUCUGAAUACUGGUGAGUUCCCCACUACUUUGAAUCAUACUUAUAUCACCUUGAUUCCCAAAAAGAAAUUCCCUACUAAAAGUCUCAGAGUUGCUAAUGUACCUAGCCAUCUGAUUACAGACAAUGUGCUUAUUGCUUAUGAAUUAAUUCAUUUUUUGAAGCACAAAACGGUAGGAAAAAAAGGUUUUAUGUCUCUUAAGUUAGAUAUGAGUAAAGCAUAUGAUCGUAUUGAAUAUGAUUUCUUAGAAGCAGUUAUGAUGAAUAUGGGUUUUGAGAGACAGCUUGUGAAUAUGAUUAUCAAAUGUAUUUCCACAGUUACUUAUUCAAUGUUGAUCAAUGGUGUUCCUAAAGGUCCAAUCAUACCAACUAAAGGCUUGAGACAAGGGGAUCCAUUAUCCCUUUAUCUCUUCCUUUUGUGUACUGAGGGUUUGAUUUCCUUAUUGAAUAAGGCUGGGAAUGAGAAUAGAAUUUCUGAUAUCAAGGUUUGUAGGGGUGCACCUCGGGUCAAUAAUUUAUUGUUUGCUAAUGACAGUGUGAUUUUCUGUCAAGCAAAUGUAGAGGAAACUAGGUGUGUAAAAGGGCUGUUGGAUGUUUAUGAGAAAGCUUCUGGUCAGAAGAUUAAUAGGGAGAAGACUUCUAUGGUUUUUAGCACUAAUAUGACUGAUGAUGUGCGUGAAGAGUUACUGGGUAUGGGGGGUACAACCUGUGAACAACAGUAUGAAAAAUACUUAGGUUUGCCACCAGUUGUUGGAAGAUGCAGAAUUGGUGAUGGGAAGAUUGCCAAAGUUUUGAAAGAACCUUGGAUUCUUGGUUUCAAUGAUGCUUCCAUGGCUAUUGCAGUUGGUUUUGAAUUAAAUGAGGAUGAUACAAUGGAUAUUUAA